UCAGUUGCAGUCGGAUUUCGGCCGUGCGACAUCGUCCCCAAGCCUCACAGCUCCCCUUUUAACCAAAUUUCCUGCAGUUUUCACGCGGAUACUCGUUUGGAGGAAAGAUCUUUUAUGGUCCUGGCCGAAGAUUGCACGAUGUCUCGCACCGACGAGGUUCACCGAGUGACGGAAAAUGUCUACAAGACAAUCAUGGAGCAGUUCAACCCCUGCUUACGGAACUUUGUUGCCAUGGGGAAGACCUACGAGAAGGCUCUUGCCAAUGUGACAUUUGCUGCGAAAGGCUACUUCGACGCUCUGGUGAGAAUGGGCGAGCUGGCCAGCGAGAGUCAAGGAUCCAAAGAUUUGGGCGACGUGCUCUUCCAGAUGGCUGAGGUCCACAGGCAGAUCCAAGUGCAGCUGGAGGAGAUGCUGAAGUCUUUCCAUAACGAGCUGCUAUCGGAGCUGGAGAAGAAGGUGGAACUGGAUGCUCGCUACCUGACUGCGGCGCUGAAGAAAUACCAAGUCGAGCACAAGAACAAAGGGGAGAGUCUGGAGAAGUGUCAGGGAGAACUAAAGAAGCUUCGCCGAAAGAGCCAGGGCAGCAAGAACCCGUCCAAGUACGGCGAGAAGGAGAUGCAGUUCGUGGAGACCAUCAGCAGUAAGCAGACGGAGCUGGACACCUUCAUCGCUGAAGGAUACAAGACAGCCUUGUCCGAGGAGCGUCGGAGGUACUGCUUCCUGGUGGAUCGCCAGUGUGCCGUGGCCAAAAACAGCAGCGCCUACCAUGGCAAGGGUAAAGACCUUCUGACUCAGAAGAUCCCGGUGUGGCAACAGGCCUGUUCAGACCCCAACAAGCUCCCUGAGAGGGCCAUGCUUCUGGCCCAGCAGAUGGGAUCCGCCACCAUGAGCGGCGCCAGCCCCCUGCACACCUCCAAAUCCAACCUGGUUAUCUCUGACCCCAUCCCGGGAGCCCAGCCGCUUCCCGUUCCUCCCGAGCUGGCUGUGUUCAUGAGUGGUGGCCUCGGGCACCAGGCGAGGCUGAUGGGCCCCGAAGGCCUGUCCAUGGUCAAUGGGACAACGGGAGUCCACGGGGAGGAAUACUGGACCGAUGGAGGGACUCUGUCCCAAGUCAGGCCUUCGUCUCCCCAGACCCAGGCACAGGUGCAGUCCCAGGCCCAGCCUCAGAGACAGGUCAGCGACGUCUACUCCAACACCCUCCCUGUCCGCAGGCCAGGCCCCGCCAAGAACAAGAACCCAGUGGGUGAGACACGGACCCUCCCCAGGUCCAGCUCCAUGGCAGCGGGCCUGGAGAAGAACGGGCGUUCCCGCGUGCAGGCCAUCUUCUCGCACGCCGCCGGCGACAACGGCACCCUGCUCAGCUUCUCAGAGGGCGAUGUCAUCACUCUGCUGGUGCCGGAGGCCCGUGACGGCUGGCACUAUGGCGAGAACGAGAAGAACAAAAUGCGUGGCUGGUUCCCCUUCUCCUACACGCGAGUGCUGCCUGAGACCGACAGCGAGAAGCUCAAAGUGAACCUACAUCACGGAAAGAGUAGCAGCACGGGCAACCUCUUGGAGAGCGACCAAUCCCUGCCCACACCCGACUAUGGCCUGACCGCCCGAUUGUUGGCGCAGAGUCUGGCGCAGACCCGCCCCAGGCCCUACAGCAUGGCAGGCUUUGGCACUCAGCCUGCAAUUGAGGAUUAUGAUGGCCGCUUUGCCACAAGUUUGGCUCCAGAGUUGUCCCGCUUCUGAGGGAACAGAAUUUCUUGAACGAUCCAUGGAGGUCUACCUCCGGCCCACCUUCACUGACGACCGAUCUGCCACCAUCUUCUACUAGCGGCCUGCGGUUCCCCUUUCAGCCAUUAGAAAGCGUGGUUUUGGUUGUUGUUUUUUUAUUUAGGACAGAAAUAUAGUGGGGAGAGUUCAAAGUUGAAUGAGUAGUUCCCCUACUUGGACGUUUACCUAAUCCAUUCGUUUAAAGACUAAAGGCAAGGAAAUACAGCACACAAAGCUUGCAAGAUUAUGAGAAUAAAGUCAAUACGUUCUUGUACAUUUUUUUUCUUUUUUUUUUUUCUUCAUACAGAAACAUAACAAAUCAACUAAAGAGCCAAAGUUGAAACGGUAGUUUUCUUAAGUUUAACAUUAAUUUACUUACAAGAAUGAAGUCAGGGUAAUACAACCCAAAAAGUUGCAAUAUUAUGGGAGUCCAUUCAAAAUAUUACACAAGUAGAAUUUCAUUUGCAUAGAUUCAGUAUCAUCCAAAAAGUUGAAUGUUACAAGAAUUGUCUUUGUUUUAUGACAUUGAAGUUAGAUUUUUUUUUUUAAUCCAAAUUUUUUUUCUUGUGAAAAAAAAUAAUUCUCAUAAUUUUGUGACUUUUUCAUACAUUAUAUAAGAACUAGAUUCUUGUAAGAUCAUUUUUUCAUGCCCUUUCAACUUUCUUUUUUACAUGAUGACUUUAUUCUUAUAAUUGUACCACUAUGGAAAAAGAAAAGUACUUUUGUCACAGAAACAAAAAAAAACUGCCUAGAUUCCAGCAGUUCACAUUCAUUUAAGUACAUGAAAAAAUGGAGAGGGUUUGUUAUUACAAGAGCAAAAAGUUAUGUUAAGACAAAAAAUGAAAUAUUACGAGCAGAAAUUCUUCUUCCAAGCGGG